GAUGGAACCCACCUGGCCAAGACUGUGGCAACUCUGAAUCCAGAAACUACAUUGUUCAUUGUAGCAUCAAAGACAUUCACCACCAUAGAGACCAUUACAAAUGCAAAAUCAGCAAGGGACUGGUUGCUGAAAGAGUUGAAGGAUAAUUCAGCGGUAGCGAAGCAUUUCAUCGCUCUUUCUACAAAUGAGGUGGAAGUCACUAAAUUUGGAAUAGACAAGAAAAACAUGUUUGCAUUUUGGGAUUGGGUUGGAGGACGAUAUUCUCUUUGGUCUGCCAUUGGAAUGUCAAUUGCUGUUUACAUUGGAAUGGAUAACUUUGAAGCCCUUCUUGCUGGGGCUCAUGCUAUGGAUAAUCACUUUUGUUCCACUCCUUUGGAGAAAAAUAUUCCAGUAAUCCUGGGAAUGUUAGGAGUUUGGUACAACAACUUCUUUGGUGCUCAGACACAUGGCCUUUUUCCAUAUGAUCAGUACAUGCACCGUUUUGCAGCCUAUUUUCAGCAGGGUGACAUGGAAUCCAAUGGAAAGUAUGUAACACGUAGUGGUGCGCAUGUCAACUACUCCACCGGACCCAUUGUGUGGGGAGAGCCUGGGACUAACGGGCAACACGCAUUCUAUCAGCUUAUCCAUCAAGGAACAAAGAUUAUUCCAGCAGAUUUCUUGGCUCCUGUUGAGACUCAGAAUCCUAUAAGUGGUGGAUUGCAUCACAAGAUUCUUUUGGCUAAUUUUCUGGCUCAACCAGAAGCUCUAAUGAAAGGGAAGACAAGCGACGAGGCUCGUGCUGAGCUGGAGAAGAGUGGAAAGUCUGGAGAUACAUUGGAGAAGAUUUUACCCCACAAGGUGUUUAUGGGUAACAAACCCACUAAUUCCAUUCUGUUCCAAAAACUUACUCCAUUCAUUCUUGGUGCCUUGCUUGCCAUGUAUGAACACAAGAUAUUUUGUCAGGGAGUAGUCUGGGAUAUAAACUCCUUUGACCAGUGGGGAGUUGAAUUAGGCAAACAGCUUGCUAAAGCAAUUCAGCCGGAGUUGGAGGGCCCUGAACCAGUGACGUCACACGAUUCUUCAACAAAUGGGCUUAUUAACUACAUAAAAAAACACUCCACCAAGUAAUGCUGGCUUGGAAGGAAUGUCAGCAAGGGCUCAAUUGUUUGUAUUUAAGUUGCAGUUAGCGAUGGAGAAUGUCAUGCAUGAAAUUUUUAUGAACCUGCAAAGUAAAUAACGUGAAUCUUAAAAUAAUUGCUCAAAGCACUGCAGUAGCUAUCUCAAUGGUGUAGUCGCUGGACCACGCGUCUCACUUCGUCCACUUUGUUUGCAUGUUCAAUUCAGUUUUAGCGCGAGUUUUGAGUGGUGCCUCGAGGCUUCUGGUAGAUCACAAGGGACAAGACACAGGAACUUCUCAGCAAGUUUCAACAUAUUCAUUGAUAGAUUACGAGUGGACACUAUAGUUGACGUGUAAACUAGGCAAGUUAUAUAAUUUUGGCGAAGCCGUUGAAGCCUACAAGGUGUGGAAAGUUGCAACGUAUAAGUUGUAAAAUAAAAAAAAAUGAGACUCUAAAGUUUCGUAAAGUACUUAAAGUUGUUAUUUCUGUUAGACCGCAAAUAAAACU